UUGAACAAUUUUUUUACGAAUCCUUUUAUAUAUAAAAUGGCUUCUAUUAAAAAUAACGAUAGGAGUAGCAUGAGUUUAUUGCAAAUACCCAGAGUUAAAAGAGAGAAAAUGCUAAAAGCCGAGAAAGAACGGAAAAAAACUGCCCUUCGAGCAGAACUACCAGUAUUAAAUCGAGAGCAGAUAAGAAGAUUUCGAUUGCCUUAUGAUCAAGCAAUAAUGGAAGAGCUAGAGGAGAAAGGAUUCACCAAUUCUCGGGAAUACUUAAAGCUGCUGAUGCAGUGGCAGGAAAACUACCGAAAAGAACAUCAUCAUGAAAUUGUAGUAAUGGCAAGACCUCUACUCAGACACACAACAGUUGUAUUGGAUUAUCUCUCGGCAGGUUUUAGCGAGGCAGAAACUGCACAUUUCAGUGGAGAGUUAGGAACCGAAAUCGAUAAAUUUUUAUUAUUAGCAAUACAUUACGGAUUUGCUACAAACUCAGAUUGGUAUUGGCUGGCCGACCACUUUUUCGCUAUGAGUAUAGAAAUAAGUAGUGAUUACAAGGCAGACGGUGGAUUUCGAGCAGCACAAGUACGUUAUAUUUAUGGGAAAUACUUACUACAGCAAAAUAUAAACGAAGAUCAAGGUAUCGAUAUCUUAAAUGAAGCUUCCGCCCUGUCGGAAGGAAAGACUUGGUGCGCUACAAAAAUAUUAAAAACACUACAAAAACCAAUUUUCAUUGAAGUGUCUAAAUUACUUUACGCCACUUUAAUUAUAAAGGUUCAAAACAAUCUACUUUCAAAUCCCGAAUUAGCCUUAGACCUUUGUUAUAUGGCGAGAAAAAGGGCAUACGAAGCAUGUCUUCCACGAGCUGACAUAAUGCUCCUGCAAGGCAAAUGCGAAAUUGAAAAUUCUAUGGCAGAUAGGGCGGCUAAUUCUUUCAAAAAAGCUCAGCUCUUGUAUAAAAGUUCGGGCAUUAUAGAGAAAGAUUGCGAGGCAAGAAUUUGCUUGGCAUUGGCCUAUUUGGAAUUGGGAAAAUGGGAGAAGUCACAUGAGGAACUUAUUAAUCUAUUAACCUUCGCCGAGUCUAAUAAAUUACCACAAUAUGUAGGUAAAUCUUAUCUGUACAUAGGUCAAUACCAUUUAAAUCAAGGAACACCGGAGCAAUCCACACCAUAUCUAGUCAAAGCACUGAACAUAUUCCACGAAAUAAAUGAUGUGGCAAACCGAGAGUUCGUCAAGAACUUGGCGGCUGUUUCAAAAGGUCAGGAAUUUGUUGAACAUUUUGUGAGUUUGAUCUUGCGUUGCGAGUCGGACGAUGGUAAUAAAAGAGGAAGAAAUUUACUGCGAUUAUUACAUUGGAAGGAUACGCGUUUACCUUUCUGGGAUGAUUUAACUGAAUCUUUGAAUUCUGAGUACGAAAGUAUAAAGUCAUCCAUUCUUGAGGAAUCUCUAGAUGAAGAAUACAGUGAAGAGUCUGAUGAAGAAGAGCAAGAUGAAGAAGAAGAAGAAGAAUAUGAAAACUGCAGCAAAUUAAUAGAGGAGAUACAUUCUUCCGAAAUGCAAUCAUCAUCAAAUUCGUCACAAAAAAUUCGGUUUAAAGAGUAA